AUGGAGUCUCACAGGAGCCAUAAUUCCGUCUUGUGGAUAGUUGUUCUGACUUCGAGCAUCAUCUGCGUACAUUUGUUAACCACAUCUGCUGAGUGGCUCGGAGACCUGUCAGACUAUGAGUUGGCCAGCUUGGACAAUCCAGAUAUUUUGGAUGAACCCCAAAGACGUGCAUCAAAGUUCAAUCAUUUUACCAUGAGUGACCAUGGCGAUGUGUAUGUUGGAGCUGUUAAUUGGUUGUACAGGCUGAACAGUAGUUUGAAAAUGAUACAGAAUGUUUCAACCUGUAAUGACAGCAGGCCAGAUAGUGCGAUACCCUGUCACCUAACAAACAACUACAACAAGAUACUGGUAGUUGAUAGUACCCGGCCAAACAGUUUGAUAACCUGUGGUGGUGUGUAUGAUGGUAUUUGUCAGUUGCGACAGUUACAGGAUAUCAGGAACGUGAUGAUGGAAUCAUAUCCUUACGUUGGUGGGUUUGAAGAUGCAUCCACUGUUAGUUUGAUUGCUCCAGGAAGAGGUGGAAACCAAAUGAUGUAUGUUGCUGUUACUUAUACUGGGAAAAAUGUUGAGCCUGGAGGACGCUUUCAAGCAAUAUCACGAAAAUCCAUUCAAAAUUAUCCUUUUUUAUCAGCACCAGAGAUCGAUACCAUCCUUUUCCGUGUUGCUACAGAAGUGUUUGUUAUUAACUAUGUUGCAGCAUUUGACUUCAAAGGGUUUACAUACUUCGUAGCCUUACAGAAGGAAGAUUUGAAUUCUGCGCAGUUUGUUUCCAAAAUCAACAGAGUCUGCCAGGACGGUCCGAACCUCGACGCUUACACAGAAAUUACCCUACAGUGCAGUGGAUCGGAUGGCAGUGUGUACAGCUUGGUACAAGCAGCUCACUUUGGACCAGCAGGACCUGAUCUAGCGGCAUCAUUGGGUCUCCAUGCAGACGAGCAGGUGCUGUAUGCUGUGUUUACCAGGAACCAAGGAGCUCCGGGUACCAGCGAUGUACCCAUCGAUCACUCAGCAUUGUGUGUGUACAGGAUGACGGAUAUCUUGGCUGCCUUCAGAUAA